UGUGGCUUGGCCGGGACAGAGACACCCCCCCACCUCCAAGGAGGACGGCCUUAACAGAGGUUUCUCCCGAAAGAGCCACGCAUUCCUGCCCAAGAUCUUCUUCCGCAAGAUGUCGUCCUCGGGGGCCAAGGACAAGCCGGAGCUGCAGUUCCCCUUCCUUCAGGACGAGGACACGGUGGCUACGCUGCAAGAGUGCAAGACCCUCUUCAUCCUGCGCGGCCUGCCAGGGAGCGGCAAGUCCACGCUGGCCCGGGUCAUCGUGGACAAGUACCGCGACGGCACCAAGAUGGUGUCAGCCGACACAUACAAGAUCACCCCCGGCGUCCGGGGAGGCUUCUCCGAGGAGUAUAAGCGGCUGGACGAGGACCUGGCCGCCUACUGCCGGCGCCGGGACAUCCGCGUCCUCGUGCUGGAUGACACCAACCACGAGCGGGAGCGGCUGGAGCAGCUCUUUGAGAUGGCCGACCAGUACCAGUACCAGGUGGUGCUGGUGGAGCCCAAGACGGCGUGGCGGCUGGACUGCGCCCAGCUGAAAGAGAAGAACCAGUGGCAGCUGUCGGCCGACGACCUGAAGAAGCUGAAACCGGGGCUGGAGAAGGACUUCCUGCCACUCUACUUCGGCUGGUUCCUGACCAGGAAGAGCUCCGAGACCCUCCGCAAAGCCGGCCAGGUUUUCCUGGAUGAGCUGGGCAACCACAAGGCCUUCAAGAAGGAGCUUCGACACUUUGUCUCUGGGGACGAGCCCAGGGAGAAGAUUGAACUGGUCACCUACUUCGGGAAGAGACCCCCGGGCGUGCUGCACUGCACGACCAAGUUCUGUGACUACGGGAAGGCUGCUGGGGCCGACGAGUAUGCCCAGCAGGAUGUGGUGAAGAAGUCCUACUCCAAGGCCUUCACACUGACCAUCUCCGCCCUCUUUGUGACUCCCAAGACAAUGGGGGCCCGAGUGGAGCUAAGCGAGCAGCAGCUGUCCCUGUGGCCGACCGACGUGGACAAGCUGUCCCUCUCUGACAACUUGCCCCGGGGAAGCCGUGCCCACAUCACACUGGGCUGUGCGGCUGACGUGGAGGCUGUGCAGACGGGCCUCGACCUCUUGGAGAUUGUGCGGCAGGAGAAGGGGGGCAGCCGGGGCGAGGAGGUGGGUGAGCUGAGCCGAGGCAAGCUCUACUCCUUAGGCAGCGGGCGCUGGCUGCUGAGCCUGGCCAAGCACAUGGAGGUCAAGGCCAUCUUCACGGGCUACUAUGGGAAGGGCAAGCCUGUGCCCACGCAGGGUGGCCGCAAGGGGGGUGCCCUGCAAUCCUGUGCCAUCAUAUGAGUGUCUUGCCACGGUACCCCGCUCUUUAGAAGGGAGGGGGAAGCAAGCCCUCCGCUUGUCUGUUUCAAGAGUCUUUUUUUUUACUCCAAGUUAACCUACCUGUAACUUUUAAAAACUUGCCCCUCCCUUCCUGCCCACCCUCUUGUCCUCUAACAGCCCCGCUCACAACACAUGGGCGCAGGCAGACACCAUCUGGGAAUCCAGACCACAGCUGACAGGCUGGGCCCACAGUCACAGCCGGAACCCUGAGUCCUACCGCUUCCAGGUUCCAGUUAGUCCAGCCCAGGCCCAGGCCCACUCCCUGCCCAGAGCGGCCAGCCCCGCUGCUGGAGGAGAAGGGUGGUGGUGGGCUGUGGGAGCUUGCCACCGCUACAGAAAACUUGUGGUGGCUUUGGGGGGGAGGACUUCUGGGCUUUGACCCCUUUUUAAUCACUUUAGCCUCAGGAAGGCCGGGGCUGUUCACCAGGGCAGAAAAAGGCUUGCCUCCCAUCCUUGGUCCCAACUCUGCCCGUUCUGCACACUGUAACACGGUAACAUUUUGAUAACCAGGGAAGAACAGAUGACCCAUGGCGGCUGCGUCCCAGGCUGCCUGCCAGUCUCCCACCAGGAGAGCAGUUCUGUAGGAUGCAUGGGGAGACGCAC